AUUAUCUCUCAAUUAUGUGUUUCUUUUUCUUUUUCUCGGGUAUUUCCAGGGAUUCCAUGCACAAGAGACGUUCCACGGGUGGCAAGAAGAAGGCUUGGAGGAAGAAACGAAAGUACGAACUCGGUCGCCUGCCCGGAAAUACGAAGCUCUCGAGCAACAAAACCGUGAGGAGAAUCCGUACUAGAGGAGGCAACGUGAAGUGGAGAGCGCUGAGGUUGGACACAGGCAACUAUUCAUGGGGCAGUGAGUCCAUCACCCGUAAAACUCGUAUCCUCGACGUCGUAUAUAAUGCCUCGAACAACGAGCUUGUUCGGACACAGACUCUCGUAAAGAGCGCCAUUGUUCAAGUUGAUGCUGCUCCAUUUAAGCAGUGGUACCUUCAGCACUACGGUAUCGACAUAGUGAGGAAGAAGAAGACUGCCUCUAAGAAGGAAGCUACUGAGGAACAAGAAAGCACUGCCGAGGAAACCAAGAAGAGUAAGCAUGUGACAAGGAAGCUUGAGAAGCGCCAAAAGGAUCGAAAACUCGACCCUCACGUUGAAGACCAAUUUGGUGGUGGUAGAUUGUUGGCAUGCAUAUCUUCGAGGCCUGCUCAAUGUGGCAGAGCUGAUGGGUACAUCUUGGAAGGUAAGGAGCUGGAGUUCUACACGAAGAAAACGCAUAAGAAGAAGGGCAAGGGUGCUGGAGCUGCUUAG